AUGGUUAUAAGUAGUGAACGCCAACCAUCUCGCUUCACUUGUCUUUCGUCUUCAAGUCUUAAGUAUCUUAUAUCCUCCUCUACCUUUCAAGCAUUCAUUUUUGCUGAGGACUGACAAAAAAUUUACAGUUCAGAAAGGAUAGCCCACAACCGUUCUUCAAGAGUCCACAAUACGGGUCAGAGUCUAUCCAUCAUUCAACAGCUUUCAGAUUAAAUUCCAAGCCCCGCUCCUUACGUUUAAGGUGCCAACUGUUCUUGAAUUUCUGACUCAUUGUCCGAAUCCAUAUUACAUUCAGAUGCUCAAUACUAUAGUCUUCACAAAGCUGAAUGCGAUCAAUCUUCCUGAAUUAAUUCGCAAUUUCCAUGCCGAUGGAACAGCUGUAUUUUCGGCUGAUCUGGCAAUGGACAAUGCUCGAUACAAUAGAAUUUUACCAGCACUUCCUUCAGCAGUCGCAAUCGAAGUACACAAUGAAGGAGAGUGUAUGUUGUGUAUUUGCUUAUAUCACCAAUUGGGUUGAACAAGUGUUUGAUGUUGUGCCAAAAGUUUGGUAUCUUUCGAAAGAGUCUAACAACAUACCCUAUUAGAUCGAUCGUUCUAUAGCGGAAGGGCUAGAUCGACUUCGAGCAGAACGUGCACAACCCUUGAAUCUUGAUGGAUAUGAUCGAUACUUUCAAUAUUACAAUGGCAAACCAUAUUGA